UGGAAGACCGGCCCAUGAUUUGUCUGGAUUGAAAUGUAAGCCUGUCUCUCCUGCUAUCAGGAAACACAUCGCGGAUUUGUCCUUCUCACUACUAUCGUUAGUUCGGUUAACACAGUACCCGUGGCCGGAGGAGAGCGAGGAUUUGUGCUCCCCUAGACAGGUUUCCGGACACCAGCGAAACUGGACUCGGAACUGGACGGAAGGCGUAACUCCGAGUUCCCAAUAAUAAUUUGUGGACUAAACGCAAUGGAGCCAGCCUUUGGAGAGGUGAACCAGCUCGGCGGGGUUUUUGUCAACGGCAGACCGCUUCCCAACGCAAUCCGGCUGCGGAUUGUAGAGCUCGCCCAGCUGGGCAUCAGGCCUUGCGACAUCAGCAGACAGCUCCGGGUCUCCCACGGCUGCGUCAGCAAGAUACUGGCCCGGUACAACGAGACCGGCUCUAUACUCCCGGGAGCGAUCGGGGGCAGCAAACCACGGGUCACCACGCCUACAGUGGUCAAGCACAUACGGACAUACAAGCAGAGGGACCCGGGUAUCUUCGCCUGGGAGAUCCGGGACAGGCUACUGGCUGACGGAGUUUGUGACAAGUUCAAUCUACCAUCUGUGAGCUCCAUCAGUAGGAUCCUCCGCAACAAGAUUGGGAAUCUGUCCCAGCAGAGCCAGUAUGAGUCCAGCAAGCAGUCGUCUCACCCACCACAACCAACGCUACCAUACAACCACAUAUACUCGUAUCCGACCCCCAUCGGAGCCUCUGGGACCAAAGUACCGACUCCCCCGGGCAUGCACUCCCUCCCUGGACACAUGGCUAUGCACAGGAUAUGGCCCUCCUCCCACUCGGUAACAGAUAUUCUGGGGAUUCGGUCGAUAACAGAGCAACAAAUUAGUGACAGUUCGUCCUUUCCCAGUGCCAAACUAGAAGAAUGGAGCGUUAUAAACAGGACACAUUUUCCGCCGUCAGCAAGCUCUCCACUAGUCAAUGGCGUGCAGGAUAAACCACCGCAUUCUAUAGAACCUGAAGCAAAAUACACACAGACGCAGAGUGGCUUGCCCACAGUGAACAGUUAUGUCACAGCGCCCAGCAUCCCAGCCUACCACCCUCCCACCCCAGUGUCGCCCUACAUGGGGUACAGCGCCACCACGUCGGCCUAUGUGACCGGUCCCACAUGGCAGCCGCACAGUGGCAGUGCUCUCUAUCACCACAGCUGUGACAACAUCGCCGCUCCGCUGGCCUUCAAGGGUAUGACAGCCCACCACCGUGACGCCAUCCACCCCCAUGCCCACCCCAUCACCGCCUCAGCACUGUAGAACACAGACAGACGGGCCGGUCGGACGGAGAGACAGAGGGAAGAAGAGGGGGAGCAGGACAGACGGACGGGCGGAUGGAGAUAAAAGAGGAGGGAGGAAGGAGAUAAGGAGAAACAAGUCCUCCUUUACCAUGGGUCUGGUGCCAGCUCAUUGCACUCACCUCUUCUGUAUUUAUAUGGUGACCUCACCUAGGCCCCAUAUCCAUCACACCAUUCUCUUCCAUACCAAAGACACGGUGACCUCACCUAGGCCCCAUAUCCAUCACAACAUUCUCUUCCAUACCAAAGACACGGUGACCUCACCUAGGCCCCAUAUCCAUCACAACAUUCUCUUCCAUACCAAAGACACGGUGACCUCACCUAGGCCCCAUAUCCAUCACAACAUUCUCUUCCAUACCAAAGACACGGUGACCUCACCUAGGCCCCAUAUCCAUCACAACAUUCUCUUCCAUACCAAAGACACGGUGACCUCACCUAGGCCCCAUAUCCAUCACAACAUUCUCUUCCAUACCAAAGACACGGUGACCUCACCUAGGCCCCAUAUCCAUCACAACAUUCUCUUCCAUACCAAAGACAUGGUGUGGAGAACUCAAGUUAACGCACAGUUAAAGACAGGACAUGGAAGGGAGACCUUGCCACACUAUCUACAGACACGACACUGGUCUGUGGCCCUGCAGAAAGCUGACAGGACAGGUGUAUUGAAGGACUGACUGGCUGUUUCUCAUAUUUCCAUGGCGGAAAUUGUGCCAUUCUCAUCAAGGACUUGCCUCUUAAACCCAUUUCUGCACACUUCUCUGCAAAUGUUAUUAGGGACAGGAGCUAAAGUACUGUAGGACAAUCACAACCAUGAGGGAAAAACAACAUUUGCAUUUAAGUGUAUCAGGGGUGAUAUCAAUUGGUAUUGUUUUGGUGUGUUUGUACUUGUAUGUUUGUACUUGUAUUUUUUUGUUUAUUAUUUUGACAAGUUACAAUCUUAAUAUUGAACAUUGUUUUUUCACUUCUCGACUUAAAUGUAUCUCCAUGUGUAUUUAUUAGACUGACUAAAAGGUUCUAGGGUUGAACGGAGUACAGUUAUUACAUCAGAAGGCCACGGUGGAAACAGUGUAGGCCUAUACGAAUGUUCCCAACACACUUUGACAGCCUUUGGCAUUAGUCUUCUGUGUAAAUGUUUGAAACGACAUUAUGAUAAAAUGGUACAGCUGCACAGGUCCAAUCUAAUAUCCACAAUGAAAUUGAAUGUAUCUUCAUUAAAGGAAACUGUGUGGA